UCGUAUAAUUACAUAUAAUUAUAUAAAGCAGGAUAUUACACUGAGUAGCAUAAAGGAUUUAAUGCCUAGAAUUAUCAAGAUGCAAUUACAACAGACCGCCAACAAUCAAGACAAUGAUAAUGGUUCAUCACCCAACAGCUCUGGCACAAUGUCUAGUGCACUAAACACGGAUCAUAGUAACAACAUGAACGCAAAACAAAUACGGCAGGCAUAUAUCGACUUCUUCAAGAGCAAGGGGCACGAAUAUGUACAUUCGAGCUCGACAAUACCCCACGAUGAUCCAACCUUGCUCUUUACGAACGCUGGGAUGAAUCAAUUUAAGCCGAUUUUCUUAGGAACGGUCGAUCCCAAUAGUGAUAUGGCAAAAUGGAUACGGGUUGUCAAUAGUCAGAAGUGCAUCCGAGCUGGUGGUAAGCAUAAUGAUUUGGAUGAUGUUGGUAAAGAUGUUUAUCAUCAUACGUUCUUUGAGAUGAUGGGAAAUUGGUCUUUUGGCGAUUAUUUCAAGAAUGAGAUAUGCGCUUGGGCUUGGGAAUUUUUAACAGACAUGUUGAAACUACCAGCUGAUAGAUUGUACGUCACAUAUUUUGGUGGGGAUGAGAAAAGCGGAUUGGCGCCAGAUGAUGAGUGCAAGAAUCUCUGGCUUUCUCUUGGAGUACCUGCCUCGCAUGUUUUACCAGGCAACAUGAAAGACAACUUUUGGGAAAUGGGCGAAACUGGACCCUGUGGACCGUGCAGUGAAUUGCAUUAUGAUCGUAUCGGUGAUAGAGAAGCAGCUCAUCUUGUAAAUAUGGACGAUCCCGAUGUAUUAGAAAUUUGGAAUCUUGUGUUUAUUCAAUACAACAGAGAAUUAAAUGGUAGUCUUAAAUCGUUACCAAAAAAGCAUAUAGACUGCGGCUUAGGUUUAGAACGACUUGUAUCGGUCAUUCAAAAUAAACGUGCUAAUUAUGAUACUGAUCUAUUUAUGCCUUUGUUUGCUGCAAUUGAGGAAGGUACAGAUGCUCCUCCUUAUCAAGGUAAAGUAGGAGCUGACGAUGUUAAUGGAAUCGAUAUGGCAUAUAGAGUUCUGGCUGAUCAUGUUCGAACUCUCACAAUUGCUCUGGCAGAUGGAGGAGUGCCCGAUAACACUGGUAGAGGAUAUGUGCUAAGGAGAAUUUUACGACGCGCUGUACGUUAUGCAACUGAAAAAUUAAACGCUAAGCAAGGCUUUUUUGGAUCUCUCGUAAACGUAGUAGUCGAUCUUCUCGGUGAUGUUUUUCCAGAAGUAAGAAAAGAUCCACAAAGUAUUAUCGAGAUCAUCAAUGAGGAAGAGAGUCAAUUUCUGAAAACUCUAUCGCGGGGUCGCAAUUUAUUGAAUAGAACGAUAGCAAAGUUAGAAUCAGCUGAUACUGUGCCAGGUGAUGUCGCGUGGCGUUUAUAUGACACUUACGGCUUCCCGAUAGAUCUCACUCAGUUAAUGACCGAAUUAAUUUCUCAAAAUAAAGCUGGUGGUGUAGAUGAUCAAAUUAAUUUGGAUGUCCAUGCCAUCACUGAAUUGCAAAAGCAAGGCAUUAAACCUACGGAUGAUUCUCCUAAAUAUGAUUAUAAAGUAACAGCAGAGAUUAAAUAUAAAGAGUAUGAAUUUGCACCAUGUACUGGCACUGUAAUCGCACUAAGACGCGCCAAAACUUUCGUCGAUGAAGUAUCUUCCGGCGAAGAAGUUGGAAUUUUAUUGGACAGAACGAAUUUUUAUGCAGAACAAGGAGGACAAAUAUACGAUGAAGGAUUUUUAGUGAAAGUCAAUGAUGAGACUACAGAGAUUCGUAUAAAAAACGUUCAAAUCAGAGCUGGUUAUGUUUUACACAUUGGUACUGUGGGCGAAGGUACAUUAAGAAAAAGAGAUAAAGUUCAUACGAAUGUAGAUACAGAACGUAGACGGUUUGUGAUGGCUAAUCACAGUGCCACGCACGUUUUGAAUUAUGCACUUAGAAAGAUCUUGGGAACAAAAGCCGAUCAGAAAGGAUCAUUAGUUGCACCUGAUAGACUUCGAUUUGAUUUUACGAACAAAGGACCAAUGACGGGAGGUCAGUUACAAGAUACGGAACAGUUAGCCAAUAACAUGAUAACGGAAAACGAGAAAAUUUAUGCUAAAGAAAGUAACUUAGCUAUAGCAAAAACUAUUCAGGGUUUGCGUGCAAUGUUCGAAGAGACAUAUCCUGAUCCGGUACGUGUUGUUAGUGUAGGCAUACCAGUUGAAAACUUAGAAAAGGAUCCUUUGAGUACAGCUGCUCUUGAAACCAGCGUAGAAUUUUGUGGGGGAACGCAUUUGCAUUACACUAGCCACAUAGGUAAUUUUACAAUAAUUAGUGAAGAUGCUAUCGCUAAAGGUAUCAGACGCAUAGUAGCGCUUACUGGGCCGGAAGCAGCAAAAGCCUUAAGAACAGGGAUGCUAUUACAACGACAGUUAUCUCAAUUUCAAGCAACGAUUGAAGAUGAUAAGUCUGAAAUGAACUCUAAGGAAUAUGUGAGAGAGAUAGUAGAAUUAACAGAGGAGAUAUCUCAUGCCCUUAUUCCUGCAUAUUGGAAGGAUCAUAUGCGCAAUACGUUAAAAAACUUAAAGAAAUCUCUUGAUGAUAAGGAACGGGCAGCAAAGGCAACUGUUGCUACCACGGUUAUACAGACUGCUCAGUCUAUAAUAGAGUCUAAAGUUGGAUGUCAAGUUUUAGUCGAGGUGCUGGAAGCCUACAGUAAUACGAAAGCUUUAGAUCAAGCAUUAAAGAAAAUCAGGGCUAUAUCGCCAGAAACUAGUGCUUUGCUUAUAAGCAUAGAUCAUGAUGUCAAGAAAAUAUUCGCUCUCAGUUCUGUUCCUAAAUCUGCAGUAUCCAAAGGGUUGAAGGCAAAUGAAUGGAUUCAGGCAAUUACGUCUUUGAUGCAAGGCAAAGGAGGUGGGAAAUCCGAAUCUGCACAAGCUUCUGGUUCAAACAUAGUAUGUUUGAAUGAAAUAGUAAGCAAAGCCAAUGAGUUUGCCGAUCAAAAACUUGGAAUUGCAAAAACUUUUCAAUUACUUAACACGGAAUCUUCAUUAAAAUUAGUACUUUAUGGAAACAUUGGAAAUAUUAAAUGCUAUUUAGCACAAAUAAUCGCACAAUAUAGCGGCAAAUGUUUGACUAUUAAGCAAAUUGAUAAUAGAAUACAUUCUAGUGAUAUAAUGUUAGAAACAGCAAAUAUUACGUUACACGAUAGCAAUGCCAUUGCAUUCUUUUUAUCAAAUUCGCAGCUACGGCGUGAUGACGAUUUAUUUGCAUGCAGUCAAGUUCUGCAAUGGAUGAGUUACGUACAAAAUCACAUCUUACCAAUGGUUUAUGGCUGGGUACUCCCUUCACUUGUUUCUGUAUCAGAAGAUGCGAAAAUAAAUAUAAAAAUUUCGAAAGCGGAUCUUCUUUGUGCUCUGAGAAAAUUAGAUGACAUAAUGCAUACAAGGACGUACUUGAUAGGCGAAAGGAUCACUCUUGCGGAUAUAUCCCUUUUUACUGCCUUGCUGCCUUUAUACGAAUAUAUGUUUGAUCCACAUUACAGAGGACAUUAUUCGAAUAUAACUAGGUGGUUUUCGACAAUCCUGAAUCAGCCGCAAGUGAAAUGUGUGGUAAAGAAUUUUUCAUUUUGUACGGAAGCUAUAUGAUGUUAAGUUAUAUGAUGUAUUGCGAUACAUUCAGUUUUUUUUUUAUAUACGUUUUUAUCGAAUUUAUUAUGUAAAAGUUACAUCGAAAGUUCAGUAUCUUCUUCUGAUGUAGUAACUUUAAGAUUAUCGUACAAUAUUCUAAUCUCUUUCAAUAAAGUAGAAAUGUUAGUUCCUACUUUGGCAGAGAUAGGAAUUAUUGGUAAAUUUAUACGUUCUCUGAGUAACUGUAAAUUAACCUGAAAUACAAGUUACAUUAUAAAAA